CCACAUCCUCCAAGAUGGAUAAGUUUCGUAUGAUGUUCCAGUUCCUCCAGUCCAACCAGGAAUCUUUUAUGAAUGGGAUCUGUGGUAUCAUGGCACUAGCUAGUGCACAGAUGUACUCUGCCUUUGAAUUCAGCUGCCCCUGUAUGCCGGAAUACAACUACACCUAUGGGAUCGGAUUACUUAUUAUUCCCCCUAUAUGGUUCUUUAUGUUAGGUUUUGUAUUGAACAAUAAUGUGUCAGUGCUUGCCGAGGAGUGGAAAAGACCCACAGGGAGACGGAGGAAGGAUCCGUCAGUCCUUCGUUACAUGUUUUGUUCAAUCACCCAGAGAUCCUUGAUAGCACCUGCGGUGUGGGUGUCUGUCACUCUCAUGGAUGGGAAGAGUUUCUUGUGUGCUUUCAGUGUCAACUUAGAUAUAGAAAGGUUUGGAAAUUACAGUCUGGUAAAUGGGAUGUCAGACAUAGAGAAGAUAAAACUGCUGGCAAGGAUCCCGUGCAAAGACCUGUUUGAGCAUCAGGAAUUAAGAGUGGCAGCAUCACGAUACAUCAAAUGUAUAUCACAGGCAUGUGGAUGGAUGUUUUUGCUCAUGAUGACCUUCACAGCCUUUCUGAUCCGGGCUAUUCGACCAUGCUUCACCCAGGCUGCCUUCCUCAAGACCAAAUACUGGUCUCAUUACAUUGACAUUGAGCGCAAGAUGUUCGAUGAGACCUGUAAGGAGCAUGCCAAGAGCUUUGCCAAGGUUUGCAUCCACCAGUACUUUGAGAACAUCAGCGGAGAGAACAUCCACCACCAUCACUCCAGCAAGGACGACAGCUACGAUGAAGACGAGGACAAGAAGAUAAGUGAUGAAGACAAGCUUCUGGGUAUCCGGGCCCAGGAUGAUAUGAAUACAAUUUUGAGGAACUGGCACGCCUGUAAGCCAGCUCUGGCCCUGAAAAAAGACCAAAUAAAUGGUGAAAAGAAUGGCGGACUGAAUGGAGAAGCCAAUGGAGCAGUAAAUGGGUUUGUGAAGGGACACACCCAUGGCGUGGAGAAAAAGGAAUGGGCAGUUUAUUACAGUAAGGUCUGA